AUGACAGGCCCGCCGGACGCCGCUCUCGACUUUAUUCUUUCUCAGACAAAGCAGAAUGUUCAGUACCUGCUCGCUCGGAAGGCCAUGGGCGAGAAAGACGGGGAAGACAUCCUUUUCAAAUUGACCUGCUCUCAGUCAGCCCUCGCUAUGGCUCCGACAGACGAAGUUCAAAACAGGGGACCGUCAUUCCAAGGAGAAAGAAACAGUUUUUCGUCAGAAAAGAAAGAACGGGGAACAGAACAAGGAAGUAGACUCCGCCCCUCGGUACCCGCACCUCCAACGCCUUGUUUAUUCCGAGCCAAGGCCAUCUGGGGCUAUAACGAAGAUAACAAGGAACCCAACGACCUAUCCUUCCGUGAAGGUGACAUUGUAGAUAUCAUUUCAGAGACCAAUGCGGAUUGGUGGACAGGGAGAUACAAUGGGAAAACAGGGCUCUUUCCCUCAGCGUACGUCUCGCGUGUACCGAAUGGCCCUCCAGUCGUCCCCGGUAAUUCACCCGCUCACAUGGGGGGACCGAGAUAUCCACCUGGUAUACGACCCUAUCCCCCAGCCACACCGACCUACACAGCGCCACCAUACCCUCCUCCCGCCCAACCUCCUUAUAACCCACCCAAUAAUUCUCCCGCAUAUGUCAAUCCUGGACCACCUGCCCCACUUCCAAGUCAACAGCAGCUACCUCCAAUGCAGCCCAAUGAACCUAAGAAACAAAGCUUGGGUGGAACGUUUGGCAACACUCUCGCACAGGCAGCAGCGGGAGGAAUAGGGUUCGGUGCAGGAAAUGCGGUUGGGAGCGGAAUAAUACACGCCAUAUUCUGA